AAAAAACCUUGAAACAACACUCGUUUUUUCCGACUCUCUUUCUCGCUCGCCGGAUAUAUAAGCUCCAGUGAACUUCAUAUAUCCAGAUUUCCCCCUGUCUCUCAUGGAGGUUUGGUGCGUGAGGUUCGAACAAGUACAAGCCUAGUACUCAAAGAAACCAUCUUCUAAACUCAAUUUUCAGUAUAUAUACAUCCGGCGAACUUGACGUUGCUUUCACCGGAGCUGAAAAGAUCGGUGGUGGUAUGAUGGGAUUUUGUAUCUGUCCGUUGGAGAGUCCGGCGAGGUUACUUUGGAGCACCAGUUUCUUCCGCCACAAGAUUAUGAUCUUCUAAUAGAUUUCACUUACACCCAAAAUAUUACGUAUUGUGUAAGAAACGGUAGAAACCUCCCGUCCCCUAGCACUUUUCAACCAGUACCGACGGCGAGUGACUUCACGCGCCCGCCGGCCCAGCAGAAUUUUUCAAGAGGAGAUCAAGGUAAGUAGAAGAGUCCUUUGUGAAGAUGAUGGAGCCGGGCCGUCUUUUCUUUGAUCCUCAGCAAGGUGGCGGUGGCAACAUGUUGUUCCUUGGGAGUGGUGAUCAAGUUUUCCGAGGGUCGAGAUCGAUGAUGGGGAUGGAGGAAACUUCGAGGAGGCGAUCGUUUUUCAGCACGCAAGAUGAAUUGUACGAGGAGGAAUAUUACGACGAGCAGAUGCCGGAGAAGAAGCGCCGCCUCACUACCGAGCAGGUGCAUCUGCUGGAGAAGAGCUUUGAGACAGAGAACAAACUGGAGCCGGAUCGGAAGACGCAGCUGGCCAAGAAGCUAGGGCUGCAGCCAAGGCAGGUGGCUGUGUGGUUCCAGAACCGUAGGGCUCGAUGGAAGACAAAGCAGCUCGAGCGCGAUUAUGAUGUUCUAAAAGCGUCUUAUGACUCCCUUUUGGCCAACUAUGAUUCUAUCCUCAAGGAGAAUCAGAAGCUCAAAUCUGAGGUGGUCACCAUAACUGAGAAACUUGAAGCUAAAGAUCAGGAGGCUAAAGGAGCAGCAUUUGCAGGUGAUCAUGAUCAUGAUGAGAAGUGUGACCCUGUUCAUCUUCUUCCAAGUGAGAAAGAGAUGAUCACGGAUGUUAAUGUUCCAAUGAGUCUCCAGCUUAGUGUCAAGGUUGAGGAUCGCCUGAGCUCCGGGAGCGGUGGAAGUGCCGUGGUGGACGAGGAAAGCCCUCAGCUCGUGGACAGCGGUGACUCUUAUUUCCCAAGUAGCUGUGACGUUCACAAUUAUGAUCAUCCUCAUCUUCCUCAUGAUGAUCAUCACUGCAUGGGGCUAGUAGUUGGAGUCCACUCGGAGGAGGAUGAUGGCAGCGAUGACGGCCGGAAUUACUUCUCCGAAGUGUUUGCCGCCGCUGCAGUGCAGCAGCAGCCGGAGGAUGGAGUGUCUAUGGGCUGGUGGGUGUGGUCCUAGAAUGUUACCAUCUCUAUUUCAGAGAAUGAAGUUGCUAUUUUACUUCCCUAAUGUACCUAUAUAUAGUUGCUUAAUCCAAGCAGUUAAGCUGAUUGUUCAGCAAUUACGAACACAAAUGUAAAGGGCAUGCAGCUUUGUCAGUGCCUCAGACACUAAAAUAAAUCUGAGCGCUAAAUAAAAAUCAAUGUAUUUUGUUCA